AUGAGUAAAAUUUUUCAACGUGUACGAGGUGUUUUUAAUAGGAAUAAUCGUCGUUCUAAACCAACAACACCGGACACGGUAGUCAAUCCAUACGAUAAACGAAAAAAAUCAAAGCGUAAUAGAACUGAUGAAUAUGAUGAUGAUGAUAGUACUGAUGACGACGACAUAGAAGAUAUAACAGGUGAUGAUAGAUCACAAAAAACGCAACCGCAAAGACAGGUAAAUGGUACACAACAACUAUUAAAUGAAGAUCGUCCGUUAAUUUUAUCUAAUCCUAAUAAUAAUAAUACUCAAUUGAGAAAUAUAACAAAUGGUAAUCAAUCGAAUUUACCAAAUAAUAUCAAUACGAAUAUAAAUCCUCCAGUAAAUUUCAAUAAUCCUCCUAUUAAUAAUUCUACUUUACCACCACUUGCACCAUUUCAACCCCGAACUAAUGAGCCAACUCCUCGUGUACCAUUGAAUUCUACUCCUGAACAAUCUCUAGAUGGUUUACAUUCUAGAACAACUCCUAAUCGACCACCGAUAAAUCGUAUUCCUCAGCCAAUUGUAAGACGUAGUUUAUCUCCUCUUAUAUAUCGCGAACGACCACCAUUACGAAUUAGUCCUCAUUCAACUCUCAUUGGUCUUCCUGCAAAUUUAAAUCGUCAAUUACAUAAUCCAUCAUCUCGACCAGUUCGUUCUUCUUUUACUCAACGUACAAAUCGACCUCAUUCAUCAUUUCAAUCACGAAAUCAUUUUUCCAAUUACGAAUAUGAUUAUCCUAUUGAAGAUAUUAUAAUCGAUAAAAAUAUCCCCUCAUCAAUUGCUAUGAAAAUAAAUCAAGCUGUUGAACAAGAUCGUGUUGGUAAUACUCAUCAUAUUGAAUGUCGAUUAGUUCGAAAUACUCCUCAACAUGGUUUAAGACAUAUACGUGAAAUUCCUAAUCAAAAUUAUUCUUAUUCCUAUAAUCAACCUCAAUUAAUCAUUAAUGAAAUACCUCAAGUCAAUUAUUAUUAUCCUCAAUAUGAUUUAAACUGUAUACCAAUACCUAUAAAUCAUUACAUAGCACAUUCUAUACCUAAUGAUCCCAUGCAAAAUUAUUAA